AAUUCCCGCACCUAACCCAAAUUCAUCCCCCUAAUACAAAUUCUCUCUCCCAUAUCUCAACCUUUACUCGCCACCACUAGCCGCCCCCUGCUCUCCCUAAUUUUUCUCUCUAAAUUUCCAUUCCCCAUUUUCUCUCUUCCCGAAAACCUAAAAUCUUUUGGGUAUGUUAAGGAUUUGAUUUGGUGACAAGUACUAAGUUUGUUGUUGGGUUUGUAUGCCAGUCUCUUGAUUCAAUUUCAGGUUCAGUCUGUGUAAUGAUUUGUUACGAUGAAUCUAUGGUCAAGUAGCAUUACAACAAAAACAGCAGCGACAACAAUUACGACUACAGACGAUAACGCGUCGAUGAUGGAGGCCUUUAUGUCAUCCUCUUCCGAUCUGGGUUCUUUUUGGCCCGCCCCAUAUGCUCCAAAUCCUGCUGACCCAUCGAAAUCCUCGUCGUCAGCGGCGGCGACCGCUGCCACGGCACAGUUUUUCAACCAAGAAACGCUGCAGAAGCGUCUGUUGGCGUUGAUGGAGGGUGCUCAGGAGAGCUGGACUUACGCGAUUUUCUGGCAAUCGUCGGUGGCUGACUACGGUGGUCCGUCGCAGCUGGGCUGGGGCGAUGGGUACUAUAAAGGCGAAGAGAAUAAAGUGAAGCGAAAGACGGCGGCGUCACCGGCGGAGCAAGAAAACAGAAAGAAAGUGCUGAGAGAGUUGAAUUCUUUGAUUUCGGGCCCACAAUCCUCAGCCGAUGAUGCUGUUGAUGAAGAAGUGACUGAUACUGAGUGGUUCUUUCUCAUCUCUAUGGCUCAGUCCUUUGUCAACGGGUCCGGGCUUCCCGGUCAGGCCUCGUACAGCUCGAGCCCAAUCUGGAUAGCUGGUGCCGAUAGGUUGAGUGUUUCUCACUGCGAGCGGGCUCGCCAGGCUCAGAUCUUCGGGAUCGAGACCAUGGUUUGCAUACCGUCUUCAAAUGGAGUCGUGGAGCUUGGUUCGACCGAGGUGAUUUUCCAGAGUUCGGAUCUCAUGACCAAGGUUAGAGUUCUGUUCAAUUUCAAUGGCAUGGAAAUGGGUUCCGUGGCUCCGGCCCCGGGACCUGGAUCUGGAUCCCGCUCGGGCUCUUGGGCGGCCUUGGCGGAGAAUGACCCGUCAGCUUUAUGGUUAACCGACCCCUCGUCCUCCGGUGUGGAAAUGAGGGAUUCUUUGAAUGACAGCAAUGCUAAUAUCAAUAACAAUGGUGUGGGGAGUUCAAUUCCUUCGGUUAGUGCUAGUAAGCAAAUUUUGUUUGGGAAUGAAAAUCCUAGUACUAGUACUUUAACAGAGAAUCCGCACCACCACCACCACCAGCAGGCACCGGGGUUUAUUACAAGGGAGUUGAAUUUUUCCGAUUACGGGAUCGAUGGGGAUAGUGUUAGGAAGGUAACUUGUAAGCCGGAGUCGGGUGAGCUUUUAAAUUUCAGGGAGAGUACGAAAGGGAGUGUGUGUAGUGGGAAUGGAAGUUUGUUUGGAAUUCAAGGGGAGAAUUAUAAUAAUAAUAAUAACAACGUUAGCAAUAAGAUCAAGAAUAAGAAGACAUCCCCAACCUCAAGGGGGAGUAACGAGGAGGGCAUGCUAUCGUUUACUUCGGGUGUGAUUUUGUCCCCCUCGGGUGCAGGGAAGACGAGUAAUGGUGGUGGUGGGGAACUUGAUCAUUCAGAUCUUGAGACAUCUGUGGUUAAAGAGGGGGAUAGUAGUAGAGUAGUCGACCCCGAGAAACGACCUAGAAAAAGGGGUAGGAAGCCUGCAAAUGGGAGGGAGGAGCCUUUAAAUCACGUUGAGGCCGAGAGGCAAAGGAGGGAGAAGUUGAACCAGAAGUUUUAUGCGCUUAGAGCUGUUGUCCCGAAUGUGUCCAAGAUGGAUAAGGCUUCGCUACUAGGAGAUGCUAUAUCUUAUAUUAGUGAGUUGAAAUCAAAGCUUCAACGUGUGGAGUUGGACAAGGAAGAAUUGAAGAGUCAAUUGGACUCGGUGAAGAAGGAUUUAGCAACUAAAGAGCCUCGAGUUUUAGAUCCUCCACCCGAGCGAGAUAUCAAAGUGCCAAGCCAUGGUGGUAAUAAGAUUGUUGAUGUUGAAGUAGAAGUUAAGAUCAUUGGUUGGGAUGCGAUGAUACGGGUUCAAUCUAGUAAGAGUAACCACCCGGCAGCAAGGCUGAUGAUGGCCUUUAAGGAGCUAGACCUGGAUGUUCACCAUGCUAGUGUGUCGGUGGUGAACGAUUUGAUGAUCCAGCAAGCCACGGUGAAUAUGGGGAGCCGAUUUUACACAAAAGAACAGCUUAGGGUUGCAUUGACAUCAAAAGUUGCUGAAAGUCGAUAAAUUGUGUAAUGGUGUCUAGCUAUGUACGAUAUUUGUGUUUUACUAUUUUAGAGCUUUGAGGGCUGAAAUGUGAAGGCUGGGCUAAUUCAGCUUUCCAUUUUUCUUUUGCCUUCUCUAGUUUUGUGGUUAGUUUCCAGUUCCUGUGUACAUAUUUGUAAAACCCAAUAAAAAAUUUUGGGCUCGUAUUUAUGUGAUUAGACAUGCUAAUCUGUCCUUCCUGUUUGUAAGAUUGAAUCUCUGUAUUUCUUUGCACGUGAUUUUUGGUGGA